UGCGAUAGAUUGAUCUGGCCUGUCGUCCGCUCUGGGAUAGAUUAGUCUGCUAAAUUGGUGUUAGCGCUUGUCGAUCGUUUCUCUUCAUUUUAGUCAUCAAAUAACUGUUAUAAACUCGGUGAGUGAUCGUAAACUGAGUCUUCUGCCGGAGAAAGAAGCUGUGAUCCGGCAGGAAUCAUGUCCACCGCCCUGGAGAGCUACAUUAACCGUUCUGUCGCUAUUAUCACCUCAGACGGUCGAAUGAUUGUGGGCACACUGAAAGGCUUCGAUCAGACCAUAAACCUGAUCCUGGACGAGAGUCAUGAGCGCGUCUUCAGUUCCAGUCAGGGUGUGGAGCAGGUGGUUCUGGGACUCUAUAUCGUCAGGGGCGACAACGUAGCUGUAAUUGGUGAAAUCGACGAGGAAACAGAUUCCACUCUGGAUUUGGGAAACAUCAGAGCCGAGCCACUCAACUCCGUCGUCCACUGACCUCCAACCCCUAACCCCCCUUGCAGACCUGCUGUGGCAGCGGUGUCUCCAUGGCAACAGCAUGUUAUGUUUGUGUUCCUGGUCCCAGAACAGGCUUCACCGAGUGACCUGAAACAGUUCUGAUUCAUUGGUGGUUGUUUUGUAUUUUUUUAAUAAAUAAAAAAAAAAAAAAACUUGAUAGUUAUGAAUUAGAAUUGUUUGUUUUUAAAUCAGAUUGAAAAUCAUUUUUUGUUGAAUUUGUUGCAAAGAGUAAAAAAGUCAUAUCAAAACAGCUGAACUAGUUUUAGAGUUUUAACUUAGUAUCUUUGUGGAGUUUAACAGCUUUUAAACUAUUUUGAUAAAAUGUGGUUUAAAGUUGUACAUCAUUAAAGAGAUUCUGAUAUUUUCUCUUCCACAUGUUCA